CUCAGGUAAAACUUUUAAUAGAAAACGGGUUUGCUCGCGUUUAAUUUUUGAUAAAUCGAGUGCAUUGUGUAUAAAUCUUACCAGAAUACUGGACCGAGUGUUUCGCUCAACAAGUACCUACAAACGAUUUGAAGUUUGUUUUUGCGAUGAAAUGGAUUUGCUGAUUUCUGAAGUUGCAACACGAAACUAUUAUUAUGCCACAAUAUAAGAGCCAACUGGCUGUGCUGAUUAAAGGACGAGGACAGACAGGUUUCAGUGAGUAUGAAGUGUUGAAAAUAUUUUGCGACGUAAGCGAAUCACUGGCCCAGCUACACUGCUGUCAAGCACCAGUCAUCUACCGCGAUUUGAAAGUGGAAAAUGUGGUGCAAAAUGAUAUGGGACGGUUUAUAUUGGCCGAGUCAGAUACCGCCACUACACGGUUCCUGAAUCCAGUGGCACAUGGUAAGAAAUUGGUAGAGGAAGAAGUUCAAAAGUAUACUUCGUUAUCCUACCGUGCACCGGAAAUGGUCGAUCUGAACUCCGGCCACAGUAUAACCACCAAGGUAGAUAUUUGGGCAUUGGGAUGUUUGCUGUAUAGACUAUGCUUCGGAGCUAUGCCAUUUGGGGAUAGUUCUAAAGCGAUCCUGCACUGUCAAUAUACUAUUCCAGAGAAGAACAAAUAUUCACCGGAACUGUGUCAUCUGAUUCGUUCCUUACUAGAGCCUGACCCAGAAAAAAGACCGAGCAUCUAUCAAGUAUGCGAGCUUGCCUUCAAAACUGCCGGUAAAGAUAACCCCUUGAGAGUAACGCUCGAUCGACAAAAGCAACAACAGUCAAACUUUUCCAACACCAAUUCGGAACAGUCGGACCGAAAAACACUGUACACGACGUUAACCGCCAGUAUGAGUGGCACUAGUGUCGCACCAAGAUCCCGCCCAAAACCACAGCAAACCAGCACUGGAGCUGCUUUUCAACUCGGUCCUCCUCCGUUGAAUCCGUCACCAAAAAACGUCGUUUCGCCUACGCUAGGCAUAGAUGCAGAGAAAAAUAUGUUCGUUGCAAAUUUCAGUGGAAAUUUUCCCACAUCUAAAAUGGUGUCCAAAAGUCCAGUCAGUAUAUCCAGAGAUAACACUAUGCAGCCUAUGGCAGGUGGUGAGCAGCAACCCAGUUCAACCGAUUUAGGUUAUCGGUUCUACCAAUCAGAUGCUAAACAUCUGUUCGUUCCGUCUAAUGAUUUGUCUACAAAUAAGGACAAAUCUGCUGCCGUUUCUCCAGCAUCGCUGCUAUCACCUUUCGAAUCUGAGCAACCCUCGUCAUCUUCUUCUUCUACACGCCCAAGACCGACGACAUUAAUCCCAUCGUCGGUGGCGCAUCCAUCCAGGUCGUCGCUUCUGCAGCAGUAUGUCCUGAGCAAUUCCAACAGUGAAAAAUCGCUCGUCUCACCGGUUUCCGGCUCGACUUGGAAUCCUUUCGGAGAUCCAACAUCAUUUAGUCCCAACUCGACGCUUACCGAGGAUCAACUGUUCGGUGCCGAGUUCGACAAGCUCCGUUUGGAGGGCAGCAGUCAAGCGUCGAUUGUUACAUCGCCCGAAGAGAUGAAAUCCGACCGGGGCUCUUCGGCGACCGUUCCACCUGCAUGGCUUGUGCAGCCACAUCACCAAAGGUUCUCCCUGCCGAUUCUAUCGCAGGCUGCCUCUACCGGUGCCUUAGCGUCGUCUAACAUUCCGAGUAGUGAAGUGGUCAUCGAGGAAGAUCCAUUCGGCUCAGCGCCGUUUACACUGCCAAAGCGAUUGAAAGACAAAGCAGGUCGAUCGUCUAAGCUGACUUCCAAACUGAGUGAAGUGAUUUCCAGUGCAGCAGCCGGCAGUGGCAAUCUGUGGCGGCAUUCGGCCGCCGGCGGAAAGGAAAGUUUGAUACCAGCGUCGGACGGUACGGCGGGAGUUUCUGGCGAGAAUGGCACCGUUCCGAAUGGUGAUUUGGAAACGGUUGAUAAAUCCGCGUUGCUAGGGAUUAAGCUGGAUGAUUUGAUUAGCGGUGGAGAGAAGGGUUCGCCUAAUUUUAUCAAGUUGCCACUGGAUGAUAGAAACAAGUACGAAAAACUCAACUCUAACGAUGUGACGUCCGAUGAUAGUGAUCUGGAGUUUUAUCCAGAUUCGAUUGGUGGAGUGAAGAAGCAAAGCUUCAAACAGUUUGUCGAGAGUAAUAUACCGGAGAAGUUGCAGGCAGUUUAUCACAAGGUGGAUAAAGGACAGAUCAAGAAUGCACAGAUAGUUAAGAAGUUACGUUCCAAGGUUGUGAAUAAAGACGAUGUCAAGAAGAACCAAGGGCCAAGGGCUGGCAGAUCCAAAGGUAAACCAAGCAAAGGGCCAAUGGAUGAACAGAAAAAGGAGGAAGAUGGAGAAUCCGAUGAUUCGAUCGGAUCGGCAAGUGAUCUGAGGGCAAACGAUGAUUUUGUCGAAGGAGAAGACGGUGUUGACGGUGGUAAAGUUACGACGGGCAAGCCGGUAAAAGUAUUCAACCGCCUGGCUUGUGGAGAAGGAAGUGUCGAUGAUUGUAUUAGCGAAAGUAUUAAAACGUGUGGAUCAAGUGCCUAUCAUGCCGAAUGUGAAAGUGUGACAACAAAUGAAGAUGAUACCAGUCGAGUCGUGACGAGAGUACGGGUUAAAAAGCGUGAACACGACACCAAACAUAGUGUUAUCGAUGAGGACGAUUCGGGCGAAGAGGACAUGGUGCAAGGCGACAAACCACUGCUGCUCGAUGAUGAACUUGACUAUGAAUCUGCACCCGAGAACAACUCUUGCGGCGACGAUGGAGCCCUAAUGGAUCCUUUCACUCCCGAAUCCCUACCGGGCGAAUCCGUCGAACGGACCGAAGAAGAUGAGAUCGACUUGGAUCCAUUUGCGAUGGCCCCAUUUCGGAAACCGGCUGUUCCAAAACGUAACAGUAUUAAAUAUGUUCCCAACAUAAAUCCUAUACCGGAAAGUUGUCCGCCUACAUCACAACUCACUGCUGGUGAUUUUUUCACAUCAACACCCGUUAAACCUACUCACAACCGUUCUCAACCCGAAAUGGAAUUAUUUACUAUGUCCCCUACUGAACCUAUUCAAGUAGCAUCAGUAGCAACAGUCGAAUCACAACAAGCUACACCUCCAUGUGAAAAACCUCUGAAGUCACGCACUGACUUGUUCGGUUUAGAACCGUUUCCUUCACUUGUCCUGUCGCAGCCAAUUGCGGUUUCUAAAGCCAUCGGAGAGAGUGCAGUAAUUCCAACGGUAACCGUAGAACCGGGAUCCGUCGCAUUAACACACAUCAUUCCAAAUACGAUGGCAACCGUUCCCAUUGCAAAAAAAGAGCCGCCAGCAGCUGUAACGCAACAACAUCACCAUCAUCAUCAUCAUCAGCAGCAGCAGCAGCAUCCUCAAAGUUCCCAAUUGAAUGCCAGGCUCAAUUAUGUGAACUUCAGCCAAAUUUCGGCACAGAACGCCACCAGUAUUUUACCGGAUAACAAUUACGUCAACUUUGAUUCACACGACGACGAUGACGAUGUGAGGAAGCUGAAAUCCGAUGACUAUGACGACAGUAGCGACACGAUCACAAAAAGCUCCUCCAAAACGGGUAGUUUUCUUAGUAAGAAAGAGAAGGUCAAAUACAAUUCUCUGAAAGACAAAACAACCGGCGAUAAGGAUGCUGCACUGAAUAUCGCCCCGGGAGCCAGUACCACCGGAAAUCACGUUCUGGUGAUUCCAGCCAAAUUAAGCCAAAAAGUAAAAGUCAACGUCGGUGGCUACAGAAAAGUAUCGGCAAAGGCUAGCAAAAAAGAUAAAUCCCACGGUAACGGGGUGGACAAGUACGAAACUGCGAUUGGCAAACCGCAAUCGUCGAAGGUAAGCAAAAAGAUGGGUUUCAGUAAUAUGAGCUUCGAAGAUUUUCCGUCGGAUGAACUAGUCGAAGAGCCACACUCGCCGGACGGCCGCCCCGCCGGUACGGGAAACAAACUGAUGAAAAUUGUUCCAUUCGAAGUGGUUCGAAACGAAAAAAUGCUGCUCGAAGCGGAGAAAAAGUUCGGUUCGUUGAAACGGCGCAGCAAUCCGUUCUCAUGAUUGUAUGCUGAAUCGCGGGAACAGAGGAAAGUAGCUGAGUAGAUGUGGCAGGUAUGUGUGAGUGAUGAGAUUUUAUGACUUACCAGAGCUAUGAUAGGGGAUUUCAGUUCGAAUGGCUUUUAUCGAGUAUCAUUUUUGUUCAUUCGAGCGCAUUGGGGCAUAAAUCUGCCUGAUCUUAGUCUCGAACUACGUUAUUUUCUUAUUCUCGAAGUCAAGAACUGGCUCGUUCGUAUGAUCGGUUUCUUUUCUACUAUUCAUUUAGGUUAUCCUGCAACCGAAUUUCGGUCACAAAAUUUUUUGAAACAAAAUGAAAUAGCCAAGAGAUUUCGCCUCUAGCUCAAGAAGAAUAUUUUUGACACUUGACCAAUGAAAGCAUCGGACUUUGGAGUGGGAGUCGGACUUUCGGAUAGAGACUUCAGGAUUACAACUGUCCUUUAUUCUUAGGGUGAAGCCCGAGAGAAAGCAACACGCGACAGAGCUCCGUUCAUUUAAGUUCAGCAGAAAAACGACAUGAAUGUCAGAGAGGACUGGAUACUCGCUCUGACAUAACACAAGAGAACACGAUUAUUUUGGUUCAAAAUUAACCUUAUUCAUUAACGAAAUCUCCAUCAAGAGCAACGCAAUCAUUCCAGCGCCGCUCCAACAUUUCAAUACCACGAUUUAUCUUUUGCCUGAAAAUAGGCCUCAGUUUCAGCGAUAACCUCUUCAUUCGUGCGAAACUUCUUAUCGGUGAGCAGCAUUUUUUUUUCAGGUCUGCAAACAGUCAGUAGUCGCUGGGAGCCAAAUCUGACGAAUACGGUGGACGUGGGAGAAAUUCAUGUAGUUUUGUCAAUGUUUUGAUUUGUUUGUGACACGGUGCGUUGUCUUGAUGAAAGAAAAUGUAUUUCAUUUUCAUAUCCGAUCGUUUCUUUGCAAUUUCAGCCUUCAAACGCUUCAAUAACGCUAUAUAAUAUUCACUGUUAGUGGUUUUUUCUUUCUCAAGAUAGUCGAUAAAUAUUACUCCACGCCCAUCCCAAAAUACCGAGGACAUAACCUUUCCAGUCAGAUCCAGAUUGUUGUGCUUUCGGGUGCUUUGGACGAGAUUCGCCAGAGGCUUUCCAAUCAGAUGACGAUCGUAUUAAUUCCGGAGUGAAGUGAUGAAUCCAUGUUUCAUCCAUUGUCACAUAUCGAUGCAAAAACUCCGGUUUCUUACGUUUAAACAUGUCCAAACACUGCUCAGAAUCGUCAACAUGUUCUCACCCACUUUGAGCACACCUUUCUUAUAGUCGAAUGCUCAUGAAAUCUGAAGCCAACACGUUCUUUUGAUAUCUUUACGAUGUCAGCUAACUCACGCAACUUCACUUUUCGAUCAUUCAAAACGAUUUUUUGGGGUUUAUAGUUUUUUCUCUUUUUUCAUAUGGCAACAUCGUCGCAAGCCUUUUAUAUGGAAUCAGCCAAUUACAGAAUAUUUCUAAGGUGGGUGGACUAUAGACAGAAUCAUCUUCCUCCCUAUCAAUUUCAUGCUGCAACCAUUGUUGAUGAAGAUUGGUAGGAAGUUUGGCUGAUAAAUCUUUGAUCCUUAAGAUAAUCAAUUUAAUCUAAAGAUUUAAUAUUUAUUACUAGGUUUUCGACUGCUGUAAUAAAGUCGAUCAUUGUUUUGGGGAUGUCGAAAGUCGGACUUUUAACUGUAAGUACGUCUUUCAGUAACCCUUCAUAAAUUUGGCGAACACUACCAAAUUGUUGAAACUUCCAUUAUUUUUGGAACGUUUCGUUGAUCUAACAACAAAUUUUAGGGCAUCCCCGUUUAAAUAUUGUUGGAGUCUAGAAAGAUUUUCUAGAUCCGAAAACUCACCUUCCUUUGUUGUUUCUUCGAAGGUGGUUUUAAAUUUAGGCCAUACUUUAUAUGACCCAUCAAAGUAUGGCAGUUCCAUCAUAGAUUGUCUCGCUAUGAUUUUUAUUAAUUUUUCAGAAGAAUCCACUCCUCUGUUUGAAUCAUUCACACCAGAUGGACCUGGUAGAAUGAAUUCAUUUUUAAAUGAACUGAGCAUUUCAGAAAUUGCAUGUCGUUGUGCUUUGAACAUUUCAUUUGUUGUAUAUUUAAUGACCUUUUUCUGGGCCGUUAUCAUCUUAUUGGUAGAAGUGCAAAUUGCUUGUCUUUGCGCUUCUACCAUUCCCUUGGAUCCUCCCAACUCUAGAGCUUUCAAUUUAUUAUGCAAAUGAGAACAUUUUGGACAACUCCAAUAGUCUCGUUUUUCUUUGGGUAAAUUUUCGAGUUUUUACGCAUCGUUGGACCAACGAUCGCACUCAUCGCAACACACCAUUGCAUCUUCAUUAUCUGGUUUGUCACGAAGUGGACAGUGACCAUUUUCGUUUUUCUUAUAUAAAAAAGUAUCCAUUUACUAGCCUUGUUGCCAAAAAUGUGGCUUUGAUCAGACCCCUGUCAGCUUUGAUAUCUUGUUAAUAUGAUGUCUUUGCUUUGAUCCAACCGUCCGUCGAAUCAAAUUUCUGCUCCGCUGCCGUUUGGUUUGCACCAGCCUUGUUUAGCCGGUAAUUUUCCAACUAUCCGUUGGAAACUUAGUUUGUCGACCGUCCGUCGAGAUUCUACUUGAUAGCUUGGAAACAGCUAUUCUGUUAAGAUUCUCAUCAAUUUUGUGAGAAUCUGUUACUUUUGAGUUGUUCCUCUCUGGAGAACACCACGAAAAACUUAUUUCUUUCAAGAAAUAAAAACUGCUGGACUAUCCGUCCAAUUUGGUGUCUAAAAUACUACUGAUUUAUUUACAAAUUUUUAAGGUUAGUUUACACUGUUCUUACAUCUAUGUUAGUUCCACUACAUUUCAUGUAUACAUUUUCCCCUUAUUGGAGAAUCUUCAGAUAGGAAAGAGUAUCGAGAAUUUACCAAGGCGGAUCAAGAGAGAUGGGGAUGAAGCGAGAGUAAAAAAGAAAGAAAACGGGGAGUGAUGUGCAAUUCUCUUCUCACCACUCGAUUGAGAACCAAGGCUGGUUAAUAUAAUUCGGCUUAGAUCCUUUAUUGCACCAAAGCGGACAGACAUAACAAGCUUGCGCGAUAAAGAGGAUGA